GCCAACUUUGUAACUGGGACGGAGUGUUUCGUACCAGUCAGUACGGUAUGGACGCAGAGCAACUGGUAUAACGGGAGAAGGGUCUUUUAUUGUCUUCUUAUACCCCCUCACUCGCUCCGUAUUAUCUGCUGGGCAGUUGUCUUGUCCUCUGGUAACAACAAUGCACAACUCUCUCAUCGAAUGGCUACGCAGGCACAAUCGCAAGCGCAAGCAAAAGCGCUUGGAUCGGCUAGCGGAGCCGCCGAUGCCAACGCUUCUGGCGGAGCGCGAACCCGCCCCCUAACCUCAACCCCUUGCUUGCCUUCAGCAACAGCCAACAGUGCCCUCUUUCAGCGCGUUCCUCCAGAGAUUCGGCGGCUCAUUCUGGUUGAGGCCUUUGGAGGAUCUCCAAUGCACUUUGACCUGCGUUUAUUGCAUCCUUUGAAGAAACACCCGCCAAAGCGUUCCGGGACACAUGGCCACUCAGCACCCGAUGACUUUGCACCUCGCCAGUGGCAGUGGUGCAGCUCUGUAUGCCAUAAUGUGCACCAUGGUUACGCACUCACUUCGCCAGGCUACGAAUUCUUUGACCUGGACGACCUGUCAUUUGGAGGCCAGCUCAUGCUGCAUAUGUUGAGGGUGUUGAGGUGCUCUACGGGACAAACCGGAUACGCAUUGAAGGAACAUAUCUACUGCGUCGGCUACCGGACCCCCUGUUGCCUCAGCGUCGUGCUGCGAUUAGGUCCGUUCAGCUAUAUUGGAAUAUUCACCCGUGGCUCGAUAGUCCAGGCUCUCGUAAAAGGGAGAAAUAUCCCUCCUGGCUCUGACAUUGAAGGAUUCAUCUCAUUGCUCAAUAUUUUCCCUGAAGUGUUGCCCAAUAUCACGUUUCUGUACCUCUCUUUACAGGGGAACUUGGGGUUUCCUGCCGUGGACAGACGAGGAACAAGUGAAGGAGAUGAGAUGACCAUCAAUGCAAGCGAAGAACUGCUACAGCUGGUUGAUCAGAUGGUCGUAAAGCUACAUCGUCUCUCACAUUGCCACAUCUCGCUGCCGACUAGCUACUUCCGCGCACUCAAUUUCAAGGAGAAUGGAAUACGUUUCACUCCGCACAAUUUGUUUUCGCAAGAGCCGCUGUGGCGGGUUCUUCCGGUUCAAAAUGAUUCGCAGCAGGAGGAGGGAGCACGACCUGUGCUCAAAGGCUACUGGAUACGUCCGGGAGAGCAUGAUUGGUAUCAUCCACAAGAUUACAUCCCGGGGCAAGUGUUGAGACUUUGA